AUGGAUAAAGGUGUUCUUCGUCGUUAUCUAGAUUUGCCACAGCCUGAUGACAAAAUCAUGGCUACUUAUGUUUGGAUUGAUGGGACGGAAGAAAAUCUUCGAGGUAAAACUCGAACUAUUGAUCAAGAACCAAAAUCCUAUAAAGAUUUACCAUGGUGGAAUUUUGAUGGAUCAUCAACAGGUCAAGCCGAAGGUUCAAAUUCUGAUAUUUAUCUCAAACCAGUAGCUAUCUAUAAUGAUCCAUUUAUGCUUGGAAAAAAUAAACUUGUUAUGUGUGAAACAUAUAAAUAUAAUAAAGAGCCAACUGCAUCAAACAAACGAUUUAAAUGUGAAGAAACUAUGAAAGCUGCAACUGAUCAACAUCCAUGGUUUGGACUUGAACAAGAAUACACACUUCUAGAUCGUGAUGGUUGGCCUUUCGGAUGGCCAAAAGGUGGAUUUCCUCAUCCACAAGGUCCAUACUAUUGUGGUGUUGGUGCAUCACAAGCUCUUGGUAGAGAUAUCGAAGAAGCACAUUACAAAGCAUGUUUAUAUGCUGGAGUGAAUAUAAGUGGAACAAAUGCCGAAGUAAUGCCUGCUCAAUGGGAAUAUCAAGUUGGACCAUGUGAAGGAAUUGAUGCUGCUGAUCAACUUUGGCUAUCACGCUAUUUACUAUUACGUAUUGCUGAAGAGUUUGGUAUUCAAGUCAGCUUUAAUCCAAAACCAAUUCCAGGUGAUUGGAAUGGUGCUGGAUGUCAUUGUAAUUUCUCAACUCAAACUAUGCGAGAACCAAAUGGUAUUGAAGCUAUUGACGAAGCUAUUACUCAACUUAAAGCUCGUCAUAAAACACACAUUGGUGUAUAUGGUCGUAAUAAUGAACUUCGACUCACUGGUCGACAUGAAACAGCAAAUAUCAAUCAAUUCAAUGCGGGUAUAGCUAAUCGUGGUGCAUCAGUACGAAUUCCUCGUCAAGUUGGUGAAGAAAAAUGUGGGUAUUUAGAAGAUCGUCGACCAGCUUCGAAUUGUGAUCCAUAUGCUGUCACUGAUAUUAUAGUUCGUACUGUAUGUCUUGGUGAAAAAGAUUCAGAUACAUUAAAUUAUUCAACGAGAAAAGCAGUUACUGAUAAAGAAUAA